UAAUGCAGGGACAACAGAUCACCCAUUGUAGGUGUCCAGUGUUGACAUGACAGGCCCUUGUAUUUCAUGCAGUCAUGUUCAGGAGACAUAAGCCCAGCACUCUUGAGCACAAGAAAGAUCCUGCCAUCCAGGGAUCAGUAUUGCCUGCACCUCAUAAUGGCAUGAAAAGUUUUUUCAACUUAUCCCAGCUCGUACUUACUGCUGGCCACCUAAGACCACUGCCAGUUCUUAGACAUUCAAAAAUCACUUAUGUUGAAGUGGAGAUUCUUGAUGCCCACAGCAAAAAGCAGAUCUGUGUAGUGGAUAAGAUGCCACCAUCAUCAACACUGCUUGAUGUAAAACAUAAGUUUCACAAAAUAUGUCCACAAUGGUACCCAUCUCGGAUAGGCCUGCGACUAGAACGCAAUGGGCCGUAUUUAAAAGAUUCUGUUAAUGUAAAGAGUCUUGCAGCAUCUUCUAUUAUUACACUGUAUUUCACAGACAUGGGACAGCAAGUUAGCUGGAUAACAGUUUUUCUAACUGAAUAUACAGGUCCUCUUCUAAUCUAUCUACUGUUUUAUUUUCGCUUCUCAACUGUUUACGAUGCAAAAGAAAGUGCACGAUGUUUACGGCAUCCUGUGGUUCAUUUGGCCUGCAUCUGUCACUGUUUACAUUAUAUCAGGCUUCUUCUGGAAACUCUCUUUGUGCACAAGAUUUCAGAAGGACAUACACCACUGAAAAAUAUGAUCAAGGGCUGUGCUUUUUACUGGGGAUUUACUUCUUGGUUUGCUUACUACAUCAACCACCCCCAGUAUACUCCUCCAUCAUUUGGAAACAAGCAAGUUUCUUUUGCUACCUUUGGAUUUCUGGUAUGUGAAGCUGGAAAUCAUUUUAUCAACGCGGCUUUGGUUCAUCAAAACCAGUCAGGAAAUAAAGUAUCUUUUCCAAGUCCAACACUCAAUCCUUUCACAUGGAUUUUUACACUUGUUUCCUGUCCAAAUUACACAUAUGAGUGCUUUGGAAAAUAUGUUGACUCUCUCUUCUUUGUGACAGUCCCCCAAAUAUUGGAACUGCUAUGAUGUCACCUCUAGUCUUUCUUUUCACUAGACCAAACAUAUCCAAUUCCUGCAACUGUUCUUCCUGAUUUAGCCUCCAGCCCCCUAAUAAACUUGGUUGCUUUUUUUGCACUCUUUCCAGAGUCUCAACAUCUUUUUUAUAAUGUGGUGACCAAACAUGGAUUUAGUAUUCUAAGUAUGAUCUUACUAAGGCUUUAUAAAGAGGUACUAAUAAUUCAUGUGAUCUUGAUUCUAUUCCUCUUUUUUGGCUGCUGCUGCAUGCUGCUGGCUCAUAUUUAAGUGAUUGUCCACUAGGACUCCACCAUCCCUCUUGAAGUUCUUACUAUUGAGCCAGGUACUCCCUACUCUAUAUCUGUGCAUUUGUUUUUGGGGUUUUUUUUUGCCUAAGUAUAUAACUUUACUUUUCUCUUCAUUGAAUUUCAUAAUGACUACAUGUUGACUGUCGUUUGUCAGUCAAUUACAAUUACAAAUCCGUAUGGUGGUGAUACUAACCAAGAAGCAGGUUGUUGUGUACUUUGUCAAAUGCCUUACUGAAAUCCAAGUAAACUAUGUCCACUGCAUUUCACUCAGUGGUGGGAUUCAGCCAGUUUGCACCUAUUUGGGAGAACCAGUUGUUAACUUUCUAAGCAGUUCGGAGAACCGGUUGUUGGAAGAAAUCUCCUUUUGUUUUUUUUCCCAUUUUACAUGGCUAAUCCUGUAAGGAAGGCAGGAAGUAAACAUUCUGGUGUUGUUUCUAGCCUAAUCUUUAUUGCCCUGCUUACAGAAACUGCCUCUCUCGUUAACCCUUAUUACAUUGUAACAGCUAAGACAAAGCACCCAUCGACGUGAAUAAUGUUGAGUGGGCCACACCCACACGGUCACAUGACCACCGAGCCAUGCCUACCCAGCUGGUCAUUAGGGCAGAGAACCAAUUGUUAAAUUAUUUGAAUCCCACCAUUUCAUUGGUCCUCUAAUUUAGGCACUUUGUCAAAGAAUGAAGUAAGAUUUGUUUGGCAUGAUUUGUUUUUGGCAAACCUGUGUUGGCUUCUGAUUACAACUUUGCUUGUUUCUAUGUUUUUUCAGAUCUGUUGCUUGAUUAUGUUUUUCAGGAUCUUCCCAGACUGAUUGGUCUGUAGUUUCUUGGAUAAGUUUUUUUCCCCUUUUUUGAAGAUGGGAACCACAUCAGCUCUUUCCCAGCCCUCUGGUAGUUUCUUGGUGCUCCAGGAUCUUUGAAAGAUAUGAUUCAAUGGUUCUAAGAUCACAUCUGCCAGCUCCUUUAGAUCUCUGGAAUGUAAUCCAUCAGGUCCUGGUGAUUUGAAGUCAUCUAGAGUGGAUAGGUGUUCUCUUACCAUUUUCUUACUUAUUUUCAUUUGUAUUCUUAGUCUGUAUUUUAUUGUUAUGUUCUUGGUAGGUUGGGCUUAUUAUCUUUUUGUGCAAAGACAGAUGCCAAGAAUGAAUUAAACAGUUCUGCUUUCUCUCUACUGCCUAUUUCUUUCUUGUCAUCGUCUCUCAUUAGUGGACUGAUUGUUUCCUUGACCUUUUUUUUCUUGUUUUUUUAUAUGUUGAAAGAAUUUUUUUAUUAUUAUUUGCGAGUCUUAGCUUUCCUGACUUCAUCUUUGCAAGUGCAGGCUAUUUGUUGGCAUUUUGCCUUAGUAAUAUGUCCCUCUUUCCAUAUUUUGUACCUGUACUUUUUGUCUUUCAGUUUAUGAGAGAGUUCUUUGUAUAGUUAUUCUUGUUUUUCUUUUUCAGUGGUUUUGAGCUGGAAUGGGCUUUUGUAAUUCUAUUUUUCAGAGUUUUCCAAGCUUCUUGAAUUGUUUUCCCCUUUAAGAUUUUAAUCCAUUGAAUCCUUCACAAACUCUCUGUAAUUUUGUUAAAAUCAGUUCUUUUAAAGGCUGAGGCACUGUUUAUGUUCUGAUGUUUGCAUUUGCAUUAUACUGAAUUUCAAUAUGACAGGAUCACUCUUACCCAAAGUUUCAGCAACUUUAACCCUCUCUAUCAUUUCUUCUCUGUUAGUAUUAGGUCCAGUAAAACUGUCUCUCCAAUUCCCUCCUCUAUCUUUCAGAUGACAAAGUUGUCAUCUAGAUUAGUCAGGAACCUGUUUAAUCUCCCACUUUAUGCAGAAUUUGUUUCCCAGUUGAUAUCAGGGUAGUUAAAUUCCUCCAAUACUACUGUGGUAGUGAUACAUUGUUAACUAGUUAGCAAAAAGUUCAUCUAUUUCAUCUGCUUGGUUGGUUGGCCUGUAGUAUACACCUAUGGAAAUGUUAUUUCUUUUUCUUUAUAUAUUGAUCCAUAUGCAUUCUAGGAGCCUUUCAUUCUGGAUUUUGUACAUCUCUGUAAAGAUGUAGUGAUCUCUUGAAUAUAAUGCAACUCCACCUCCUCUUUUGAUAGGUCUAUUUCUUUUGAACAGUUUGUAUCCUUCCAUCAGUAUAUUCCACUCAUCCAUUUCAUUCCACUAAAUUUUGAUAAUGGUAACUACAUCAUACUUGCCAUUGUGUACUAGUAUUUCAAGUUCAUUUUGUUUGUUCUCAAACUUCGAUCAUUUGAAUAUAAGCAUUUGAAUCCUUUAUGGCUGAUCAUGGGUAGGCUUCCUAUAUCUGAGUUUUUCUUCCUUCUCAUCUGUCAAGACUAACUUGAACUUUCAGCUAUAUUCCACUUUGCUUGCAGCUUCACAAAAGGGUGGUGGUGGUGAUGGUGGAGUGGAAUGCAAGGGUGGGGAGAAUGGCAUCCAAGCAUCAUCAAUUUCCAUGAGACAUUGCUCCCCCCGCCCCCAAGGACACCCAGAGCAGAUGUCACAGCGCGAUCGGCUGGUUCCCAAAAUAAAAUGAACAAAAAUGAUUGUUGGAUGUAAUGACUGUGGGUAUCCCAUGGGGAAAGGGGAAAUGAACUAUGUGUGCAUUUGCAUGGGAAGCUCAGAACUGGUUUCAUUUCUUCUGUGUCAAUGUGGAUUUAUUCAGUAAAGUUUAUACUCUUAGUAAAAUAAUGUCCCAGGAGUUUCUUUUUCUGGAUUUGCCAACUGGACAGUUGACUUUAAACUAACUCUCUUGGUAGCAGCCUACCUGGACCCCACUGUCGAAGGAACAGAAGGGGGUGUGAAGCCAGGGAAGCCAGAGCAACAGCCCACGCUAAAAGGGAAAAAGCAAUGGAAGGACUGUAUUUCGGCACCAGGGGCCAGUGGGUGAGCUAUGUGGGGAAAGUGGCAGAAGCAGAGAAUCAGCCUAUCCCCCCUGAAGUCAUGGUGAUCCAGGGAGGAACUGGAAGGCUAGGUGAACAGCUGAGCAGGAUGAUCCAACCAAAUGGAAGUUCCUAGCCACAGCUGUAGUCCAUUGAUUGACUAGCUGAGGCAGAAGGUCUGGGGAGCCAUCUCACUGAAAGCAUGGUCACAGGAGUUGGGGGCCAUUAAACCAUCGCCUCCCCUCCUCUCCUGCAACUGAUGGUGCCAAUUCAACCGGAGUCCCCCACCAAGGGACAAUGGCUCCCAUCCCAGCUGCAGCCACAUUGAGGGGGCAGGCAUUGGCACACGCAGCCCCAGUGACAGCUAGUAUAUCCAUUCAGGUGCCCCUGGCUGUAGUGGGGUUGCCACCUGGAUACAUCCUACUGCGAGAGUACCAACUGCCAUCUCCCUUACCAGUCCAAUUCAAUGGGCGACCCACGAACUUGGCUUACUUCGUGACUCAAGUCUGGAACUACAUGGAGCGCCAUGAAACGAUGAACCUAGAUGAGCGUACCUAGGUCAAUGCCAUUAUGUCAAACCUGGAGGAGGAUCCAGCAGGAUAGCUUCUGUCUCUCCAUGUCAAGGGAGCUCCAGAGCUGUAAGACCAGAAUAGAUGUUGUGAGACAGAUUUGAAGAUCCCACAGCAGCCCAGUGUGCAGAAACCCACAUCCUUUCCCUGCAGCAAAGCAAGUGGCCGGAGGCAGAGUACAUCCAAGAUUUUCAUAGCCUGGCAGCUCACCUAAGAGAUUGGCCCGAAUGUAUGCUGGUCUACCUUUCUGGGAAGGCCUAAACAAGGAGCUGUAUCACAACUGCCUGCCCAGGGUGUGUGUGCCCCGUGACCUUCCAGCAUGGUACCAGUUAGCCACAAAUGUGGAGCUUGACCUGAUGGAGUACCGGGAGCAUGUUUCACAUGAGAGCCAGUCCCACUGAAUGCUCAAGAGAUGUCCAGUGCUCCUUGGAGGGAGAGAAGGUGGAUCCCCUACCAAGGGGGAGAAGCCCUGCUGGAUCCUGGGACCGUAUUUCUGAUGUGGGAAGGACAUUUGGUGCCCUCCUCAUGAGUAAAGGGGGGCCUUAUAGCCUUUUUGGACUCGGGGUUUACUCAGUACCUAAUUAGCCUUCAGACAGUGGAGAAACUAAGAUUGAGACUGAGGAAGUUAAAGCAACCCAUAUGAUUCUCCUGUUAGAUGUCUCAUUUAUGGGAGGGACACCAGCAAUGUGCCUAAUGGAGCCAGUGAACUUCAGGGCUGGGACUCACAUAGAGACUAUUCAUUUUUUUGGGCUCCUGGAAUGAUGAGACCAUGGUCCUAGAACUAGCUUGCUUGAAGAAAUGGAAUCCAUCAGUAGAUUGGGACAGCAACAAGUGGCAAAUAAGGAAGAAAAUGGCUAGCCAGCAGGAGCCAGAAAAAACACUGAACGCCAGUUAGGAAACUAAAAGUGGAGUAAACGAAACCCUUAAAGGAAGCAAGAAGUUAGAGCUGCUCGUUCUUUGAGUACUGUGACCUAACAGAGGUGUUCAGUGAAAGGGAAUCAGACAUACUCCCACAAUCCCACAGACUGUGCUAUUGAAAUCUUACCAGGUACUAAAUUACUCAAGCCAAAGAUGUAUUCCAUUAUGCCGAAGAAGAUGAAGGAACUUUGGGGGAUCAUAGACAAGAAGUUAGCCAGGGGAUUUAUCCAGGGGAUUUAUUCUUGUCUUUAAUUUUAAAGACAAGAAAGAUGGGUCUCUCAGAUUAUGCAUAGAUUACAGAGGAUUAAAUUCAUAUGCAUGACCAAUAUGUAUCCCCUCCCCCUCAUGAAUGACAUGUUAGGCUACCUAGCCAAGAGGAAAAUCUUUAUUAAGCUGGACUUGAGGAAAGCCUAUUACUUAGUGAGGAUUAAAAAGGUGGAUGAGUUGAAAACUACAUUCAACUGCCUUCUGUGUUGUUAUCAAUUUCGGAUUAUGCCAUUUGGACUCCAAGGGGCACCAGCAGUAUUCAUACAAUUAAUAAAUGAGUUCCUACAUGAACACCUGUACAAAAGGGUGCUGAUAUAAUUGGAUGACAUUCCAAUUUAUACUGAGACCAUGGAAGAGCAUGCAAGGCUAAUGAGAGUAGUUCUUGUGAAGCUGCGCAAAGCCCAGCUAUAUGCAAAGCAAUCUAAAUAUGACUUCCACAAGACCAGUCUAGACUACCUGAGGUACCACAUCUCCAAGGGUGGGGUGGAGAUGGACCUGGCCAAGAUGAGAGCAAUCCUGGAUUGGAAGGGCUCUUGAACCAGGAAGCAAUUGCACAGCUUCCUGGGAUUCAUGAACUUUUAUUGGCAGUUCAUCCCAGUGGUGAAAUCUAAAAAUUGUUGCUACCGGUUCUGUGGGCGUGGCUUGGUGGGCGUGGCUUGGUGGUCAUGUGACCGGAUGGGCAUGGCUAACUUGACAUCAUAUACGUUACUCACUGUUAGAGCCAGGAGCUGCACAUUCUGAAGCACAUUCUGCCCUUCUGAAGCCCCCAAUGCUUUGAGUUUCCCUCUGCCAUCUGUCUUGACUGCUCAAGCAAAUCUUGGAGCCUUCUCUUGCCCUGCUCUCCAUCCCGGAGGGCCGCACAUCCCCCCCGCCAUUCCUCCAUACAAACCGCCACCCCAUUUCUGCAAAGGCAGAGCCCCCUCUGCAGGGCGAACCAAAGAGAGGAGGGGGAUACUGCAGUAAAGGCCGCCUUCCACCCAUGCCCCUGUGCCAGCUCCACAGGGCUUGGGUCUCCAAAGCAGCCCAUUGGAUUCCCACCCACCCAGCCACCUGCCUGCUCUCUUUGACUGCUGGUGCCACUCCAGGAACUCAGUCCAUGGAGUCCAGCGCUCUGGGGGAAGUAGGCUCAGCCAUGCUGCCGCUUCCCAGCAGUGAAGAAGCAGAGUGAGGGGAGAGGGCCAGGCCUGGCUGUGCCACCGCAGAGCCCGCAGCACUUUCCCUUCGGCCUGGGCAGUGGCGCUUACCCAAGUGGGCUAGUGUGGGUAGCCCUUCAUCUUGGCGCUCCCUUGCCUGCCACCAUCGUUCUCAUCCCCCUCCUUCCCCACAUGGCUGCAGACAUCUGCGUUCCCAAAGCAACCUCCCGAAGCAACCCCACUGCUGUUCACUUUCGUUUCGCAGUGGGAGAAGGAAGAAAUCAAACCGCGGCAGCAUGGUGGUACCCUGGGAGGGCAGGCAGGACCCGAGGCAGAGGGGAAGGCAAGCAGGCAGCUGGUGGCCAAAGGGCCCACAGAAGCUGAGCGCGCCUGGCCCAAAAGGCGAGCAAGCCUCACUAUGUCCCUCCAAGGAGCCGAGCGAGUGGGUCUCCCUCCUCCCUCGCCACCAGUAUCGUCCUUACCUUCUAGAUCCUCUGCUGGCAUACUCAGGAUGCCCAACAGACCCAGUGUGUUGGUAAGGCUGACAGCAGGUGGCCCUUGGUGAAGAUGCAGCCGCUGCUCUGGGGCUGAGAGGAGUGCCGGCACUGCGGUGGUGCUCCGGGAGGGCAGGCAGAUAUCCCGGCCCCAGGGUUGCUGCAGAUGUCCUGGGGCAGCCCAGCAGCGGUGUCUCCACCAAGGGCCUCCCGCCCACCCACUGGCCAGGCCGGACUGGACACCAACCUCGGAAGUCAAGCAGGCAUAGGGGACUGCCGGGAAG